GGGGUAACGGGACCGCGGCCGCGGGCAGUCCGAGCCACGCAGCAUGCCCUAUCUGCUCAUCAGCACCCAGAUCCGUAUGGAGGUGGGCCCCACCAUGGUGGGUGAUGAGGAUUCGGAUCCGGAGCUGAUGAGGUACCUUGGGGCCUCCAAGAGAAGCGUCCUGGGGAACAACUUUUAUGAAUACUACGUCAACGACCCUCCUCGCAUAGUCCUGGACAAGCUGGAACUAGUGGGUUUCCGUGUGUUGAGCAUGACAGGGGUGGGCCAGACGCUGGUGUGGUGCCUGCACAAGGAAUGACCUGCCUGCGCUGACUCGUGGACGGAGUAUAGAUUGUGUGGAGACCGCCAUGUGCCCCGACCACAUCCUUGCAUCACUGUCUGCCAUGCCUAUCUCUGCAUAUUGUCAACUUCCUUGCCCACACCGAUGGACCGUGAACAGCCUCGGCAACCUUGCUCUAGUUGGGUGGGUACAGCAGGCCCUUGCCCCGGUGCUUUCAGCUGCCCUGGGUUGAGGCCUUGACCUGGGCAGGCUAGCCAGAGGACAGUCCCUGGAUCCUACACAGCCAGUCCAAGCCAAUAAAGGGCUCUCACAGUUGGUCGUUUUCA